CUUGCAGGUGACGUACGGGACUGGACUUUCACAUGGUUGUAUAGCAAAAUUCAUUUACUUUUUGAAUCUGAAAAUAUUAGGUCGCUAGCUUUUAUCUGAAAAACGUUAUUCAAGAAAUAGCGAGGGACCUUAUGUUUUGGCGACGAUAGUAGCUGUUGUUAUUUCAAUUACAAGAUAAAAGUAGUAGUGGAAUCUUCUAUACUUUACUUGUUGUAGUGGAUAUUAGAUGCAUUACUAUGUAAUGGUGGUGGUAUUUAUGUGGGCAUAAAAACAUGUAAACAUUUAAAAAUUGAACUUCAUAAUUGGAGAGGAAUGUGGAAAACACAAAGUGUACGCGGUAAAAUUAUGUAUGUUCUUAAUCAUGUUACACUUCAGGAUUGGACGGAAUUCUACUGGUAUCCUUCAGCAGCAUUCGGUUGUUGGCUAGGAACAAUUUAUCUUGUUAUUCUCUUAUUAUUAGGUCAUAUAGCAACAUUUUAUUUGAAACUAAUUUUUUGGAUACCACUUGAUCAUUUUCUAUUUGUGGGAAGAUUUAUAUUCACUUUAUUUGCAUCUAUUGUGGCAAUAAGAGAAGGAUACGAAUAUUUAUCAGACACUAGUCAUAGUAAAAAAUUGGUAAUCAAUUAUGGUUAUUAUCGGUGA